AAAAUUAGCCAAAUGGAUAACCGCCUGUUCAAAAUCAAGUUUGUCCAUUCAUGGGAAGUAACUAAUAUUUGAGAAAAAAAUGACUAGUCGAAAGAUAAUUAGAAAACUCACAUGCACAUUUGGAAGCAAACUUGUGUUCACUUUUGGGGAUUUGGGAGGUCGACCAACAUGAGAUCAUCGAUGCUCCACAAGCACUGUAGACGCAGCAUAUUUAGGUGUCGCAGUGGCUUGACUUUCCGAUGAAAUCUCUUCAAACGGAAUCUCAUUUCCUCAUAUCCAAUGUUCAAGUUUGUGCUUCUUUUGCAGUAUUCGACUCCAACUGCCACUUUACUUGGAUUCACACGAGUCUAAGAGGUUAUACGGUCAGAGAAACUUGAUCAGCACUUCUGUUCAGGGGCGAAUCUAGAACAAAAUUCAAUUGGGUGCAUUGUUGUUAUAAAACUAUAAAAGUGACACAAUGAAGAAUUAUACUAAGUUGAUUACACCUAGCUUGUUAAUUAAUGGUAUUGUUUUAUAUCAUAAUUAAACAAACCAUAGUCUAUGGUUCUUCUAUGGUGUCUUUUCGCUUAUCAGAAUUUAUCUAUGACGGGCCGACCCCGAACAAUGCUAUGUAAAAUAUUUGCAAUAGAUCUCCGAAAUUUUUGAAAAAAAUUACAUAGAUAUAAGCUCCCAAAAAAAUAAUUUUUAAAUUCUUAAAUUAGUAAAUUUUUUUUUUAUAUAAGUCAUUGUCGGAGAUCCCAAAAUCUCAGGACCGGUCCUACACCUGACCUUUGUGGUUCUAGUCUAUUAUUCAAUGUGAAGCAUCGGUGUUGUGAAGUUGUGUCAGUUCCUUGGUUUUUAAGUGACGGAUAUUUCGGGAUAUUUUGGUAAGAGACUAUAGAGUUUUAACUCAAUCACAUUUAGUUUUUCAAUAGUUUGAUUAUCAACUGUCUUCUUCAUCGACUGCUAGGAUGAAAAUCUUUGUUUUUGUGACUUCCCUCUGUUAAAGCUUGUUUUUGUGUUACUGGUGAUGGUUCCUUUGAUGGAAUAUCUUUUAGAGCUAUUCUAUCACCCCAAUAAUCAAGACUUUCAACGCAUUCUCGCUCAAUCCGCCUUUCCUUAUCGAAUUCUCAGCUUCUGAAGUACUUUGUGGUAUUUGUUCAUUUCUUUUGUUAGGUUUGUUAUAUGUUUUUUUUUUGUUUUUCUUCUUUGAAUCCGGAUAGUAAUGUGUAUUAUGCUGGAUGUUGGUUCCGGAAAGGUGUUUAACCUUUUGCUGGGUUGGUCUAAUUCUCGGUUAAGUUUGAAUAUUAAUCCAAUAGAUGACAAAAAAAAAACUAAGCUAUAGUAAUCAUAAGUAAACAAACCAAAUAAUACUAUUUUCUGUUGGAAAAGGAAGACUACAAGUAUUAAUCUCACAAAUUUAAAUGGACCGUAUGGGCCUGGCACCUAUAAGCAUAUCGAUUUUAUGACAAAACUAUUACUUCCCAUGUCGUCAUUCAUCUCCUAAAACAAACCGAAAAAAAAAAUCUGCAGAUGAUUCAUAAUUGGUUAUAAAAUAAAUAAAAAAUUAAAAUGUAUGAAAGAAGCAUCAGGAAAGGAGAUUCUCAUAGGAUAAAAACAUAUUCUGAAGCAUCAAAAGCACUCUCCCUUCUUUUUAGGGUGUCACCCAACCCCCAAUAUUCAAAAUUCGCAAUCCAAACCUCACUCUCACUCUCAGAUGAAGCGUAUUGUCCGAAUUUCAUUCACCGACGCCGAAGCCACCGAUUCUUCUAGCAGCGAAGAAGAGGCGGACCAGCUUUCUGAACCAUCCCUGGCUCGCCGCCGUGGAAAACGCCUCGUCAAGGAGAUCGUAAUCGACUCUUCCGAUUCCGACAACAAACUAGAUGUCUGCAAGACGCGGUUCAAGAUCAGGAUUCCACCGGAGUUUCUCAAGGCGGCGACGACGGAGAAGAAGAACAAGAAGAAGUUCCGUGGAGUGAGGCAGAGACCGUGGGGGAAAUGGGCGGCUGAGAUCAGGUGCGGCCGAGCUCUCAAGGGACGACGUGAUCGUCUUUGGCUGGGAACUUUCGACACCGCCGAAGAAGCCGCUCUCGCUUAUGAUAACGCCGCGGUUCAGCUGAUUGGUCCUCACGCGCCUACCAAUUUCAGUUUCCCGGCGGAGAAUCAUGAGGUCAAGAUGGUGGCCGGAGAAUCCGCCGUUGCUCGUGGCGCGUGAAGCGCGUUGGUUUCGUGUUAAAUUAGUAAGAAGGGUCUCUCUCUGUCGUAAUGUAAAUUAAUCUUGUACUUGUUAAAUUUCCUGAUCUCAUCAUGUCCCUUGUCUGAAACUUUGUUGUCGUCACUGUAUAUAUUUGUCCCAUUGACGAAAUUUGAAGCCCUUGAAAAAAAUAGAUACGUUAAGUGGUUU